CUCUGCUGCUCGGUCUGCCUCUCCUUCCCCGAGGCGGAGGUGCUCCAGUGCUGCGCAGGCCACAUUGUCUGCGGCGGCUGCUACGAGCGUGUCUGCCACGAGGAGAAGCCAAGCUGCCCGUCGUGCCGCGAGGCGCUCGACCUCUUCAAGCCGAUCCGCAACAUGCUGGCCGAGCGCUCGAUUGCGAUGCUCCCCAUCCGCUGCCCCAACGACGAGUGCGGCCGCAUGCUGACGCGUGGCGGCCUGCCCACGCAUCUCGCCGACGAGUGCGCCUACCGGCGGGUGGCCUGCAAGUACUCGCCGCUGGGAUGCAAGUGGGAGGGC